AUGACAAGAGAAUUUGCAGACAAUGAAAUAAUGCAAGCUCAACACAGACAAAAAAGGAACUAUGACGACAGCAGCCGUGGUCCUGUGUACAAGUUAGAUGAUUAUGUUUGGCUGUAUAACCCAGCAGUACCUAAGGGAUUAUCUCCAAAGCUUGUUAGGCGAUACACUGGACCAUUCAAGCGAAUUCAUGUCAACAAAGUGAGUCCGUGUUACCGAAGAAUGCCGAACCAGACACCAGAAGGUUCUACAAGAAACAACCAUGCAACCGGACGAGCUUCUCAUAAUCAACGUCAUCCGUCGUCUACAUUGCUCGAGGUGGACAUUCAUCAUCACAUCGACAAGGAGGAAGCAGUCUUGGUCAGAGCCGACGGCAAUGCGGUUAAUGUUCAACCUGUUCCAGUCCCUCCAGUACAACCGAUUGUUCCACCUGCACCUCGGCCUGUUAUUCGGGGCGUUCCUGGCGUACCCGGACCACCAGGUAUUCGGGGCCAUACCGGUUUUCAAGGUCCCCAAGGCGGACUGGGUAGCACAGGACCAAAGGGUACGAUAGGAGAUGAGGGUCCAGUUGGUUCUACAGGCAAGCAAGGUCUUCCAGGCUUAACUGGACCUCCUGGUUCACCAGGUCCACAAGGUCCCCCUGGAAAGACUGGACCAACGGGAGCCUCAGGUGUAAUUGGGCCUGCAGGUCCACCUGGCCCACAAGGUUUACCUGGAAAGACUGGACUAGCAGGUUCCUCUGGGCCUCGAGGCGCUAGAGGAGAAACAGGACCAAGUGGUCAAAAAGGAGACAGAGGCCCAACAGGGCCAAGGGGCAUAGCUGGAUUGGAUGGCGUUCCAGGAUCUGCAGGUCCUGUUGGUACGCCAGGUCCGCACGGUCCAAAGGGAGUAAAAGGCGCCAUUGGGUUACCAGGAGCAAAAGGAGAGGCAGGACCGCAAGGCAUUGCUGGACCAGAGAUGAGUGAGGAUUUUUUGAAUCGCUGUUUCAACCCUGUCAAGGGACUAUUAAUAAGGGUAAAAGAACUAGAACAGUGGACACAGCAGAUCCAUGAAAUUUUGAAAAUACCAACAUACACAGGCGAAAGUUGCACUGCCAAGAACACAGGCCAAACGUUCUUGACCUCUGACAACAGUUAUCUUAUCGUAUGCGGUGGUAAUUCAAACUUGAAAUUUAUAAAGCUCACAAGUACAGCAGGAAGUAGCUGUAAAGAGCUGUAUGACAUUGGUUUACAAGGAAGCGAGCAUUCUAAGUCUUACCUACUAUUCGAAAGUACGGGGAAAACAACUUUCAAGACAUAUUGUGAUAUGACUUCAGGUGGUGGAGGUUGGACACUCGUUGCUCGAGCAUAUGGAAACAGUUCAGAGUGGGCUCCGGCUAGUCAAUACUGGUAUAACAACAUACUCGUUGCCCCGGAUACUGCUGCAGACGUUAGUGCAGUAAGUUCGAUGAAAAACAAAGGAUGGCUUAGUAUCCACGGAAAGAAAGUGAAAGUGUGCUACAACGGACCUCACACCAAUUGUGCUGUGUUCACUCAUAAUCUUGGAAUUCCACUUUCUCGACUAUUUGCCAGCAACUUUGGCGUCACUGUUACUGAGAAUUACAACUUUCGAACUCUUGCAGCUGCGUUUGGCGUCUCUUUCACUUUUGCGGCCAAUGCUCAGUGGUGUGGACUGAAUGUAGGGGAUGGAUGCGCCCACGGCACUAAUCCCAACGUGGCAGAACGUCAUACAAUUUCUCGUAUCGGAUGCAUUGGAGACUACUCGAAAAAAGGAGUUUGCCGCUUGGAUGACUAUGCUCUAGGAAUUGGAGUCAGCAGCUGCUAUGAUAACUAUAGUUGUGAUAAGACUGGAACAUCAACAAAAAAUCUGCAUUACCGAUCUGGAAGUAAACACGGAGUCUUUCAACAAUCUGCCUUUAUAUACGUGCAGUAAUGAAGAACAGUGUUUUGACGAGACCGUGCAUGUGUCAGUGUUCUUUCGCUGUUGAUUAAGUUAAUUGAGCUGGUUCGUAAGCGCAUGCAUACAUGUGGCACACUGUUUGUGUACGUUUGCUUGCAGAUUGUAAGUCAAGCCGUUUGUCGCAAACGACGUUGUGUUUGUAUGCAGUAGACAAAGCUGUGCUGUGCUAGCUAAUACAUGUACUGAUU